CACCUGGCUGACAGCUCUUAAAGAUAGUACCUCAGCCUAUUCUAUAGCAUCAUACUGUGAGUGUACUAGAAGCACUUUCUAAAUCUGGAACAGAACAAAGUAUUCCAACAACAAUGGAAACUGCAGUAGCCAUCUCUCUCACUCUGUUCAUACUCACAGGUCUCUGUGCUGGUCAGGGUCUGUUUCCACAAGGUUCUGUGAAUGGAGCAGAAGGAGGGACAGCGAUGUUCAUCACAAAUCUAAUCCCACCAGCCCAGCCGUUCAUAAUAAUAUCCUGGACUGUUGGUGGAGCCAACAUUAUAACCUCUACCAGUGAUGACUCUAUAGGGCCUGGAUACGGAGACAGGAUCACUCUGAACAAAACUACUGGAUCUCUGGAGCUCAGGAAUCUGACCCUGGCUGACAGUGGAGGAUACAGAGUGGCUAUAACAACAGCUACAGCAGAAACAAUCAAUGGAUCAACUGAACUGGUUGUGUAUGAGAAUGUUUCUGAUGCCAACAUCACAGGACCAUCAAACAAUCUGUUUGCAGAUGUGAGCUCCGCCAACUUAACCUGUGAGGCUGCUGGUAACAUCACUACUAUACAAUGGACGAAGGAAGGUCAGCCUCUGUCUGCCGGUGGCAAUAUAUUAUUCUCAGAGGAAAACAGGAAAGUAUCCAUCAGUCCUGUGAAGAGACACGACAGCGGAGAAUAUGUGUGUAAACUCACCAACCCUGCCAGCUCUGCUACUGCCUCCUAUAGAAUGAUAGUGAACUAUGGACCAGAGUCCAUGACCAUCCUGGGCCGACACAUCGCUGAGGUGGAGUCAUUCACCCUUAUUUACUGCUCUGUUCAGUCUGUACCGCCUGCUACAUUCACCUGGUUGUUCAAUGGCCAGCAGACAGGUGUACAUGAAGCUGGAUACAUCAUAAGGAGCGUCAGCUACAACAACAGUGGGGACUACAGAUGUGAUGCUAGGAAUGAUCUCACCGGAAAUGUUAUCAGUGUGGACCAUAGUCUGUCAGUGAAAGAUAAAACCCCUCCACCCCUAAGCCCAGAGGGAGCAGCAGGUAUAGCAGUCGCUGUGAUGUUGGUUGUGGUUGCUGUAGCUCUUGGUCUCUAUUUCGGCCUAACUCAUCAACGGAACAAUUCCACAAAUACUACUGAGACAGGAAGCAGCCAUGCACCUGACACCAACCAUGGACCAGGAACCAGCCUUGCACCUGACACCAGUCAUGGACCAGGAGCAAAAGGUGGUCGUGUGUAUGAGAAUCUAGGACCUCCAUUACCCCCUCCAAGAGGCUCCAACAUAUACAACAGAAGUAUAAAGUGAGCAGCUGAUUUCAACUCAUCUUCCACAGUUGGCUUUGGAUUCACCCAUCAAGUUUUACACCGUAAUCAAAUAAAUGCAGAGAGGACAAACCUUCACUGGAGGACCAGCCAAGAAGACGAGAAACUAGACCCUACUGGACUCCACUACUGCGUAGACACUGUACAGCUCAACCAUCCAGCUAUGUAUACAGUACUUGCUCAAUGUAAAUAUGGAAUAGGCAACUAUAGAGGACAAAUUAUAUCCCCUUAAAUUGCACACACCAGUUGAGGUCUGACUAAUUGGAAUCAGCUUUCUCUGGUCAGUGUCAUCAAUAGGGGCGUUUUUCAUAGAAACUUCCCCCUACUGAACCACAUUUUGCAACCGGUAACAGCAACUUUUUUUCCACUGAAAGGAGGAAGAUGAGAGAAAGUUUGAGUAAUCCUGUUAUGCUUGCUGAAUCCUCACAAAACUAGUGCGGACUAGACUGCCUAUGUGGCUCUGGCCAAAAUAAGUGCACUAUAUAGGAUGCAAAAUAUUAACUGAAAUUCCAAUAAAAGAAUGGUGUUAAAUGUUGUAUUCAUCUCGUGAACUGAACCUGCUCCAUGUAUGACUUAUCGGUUCCCAUAGCUUUGUUAGACAAGUCUUCCAUUCCUGAGUCACCACUAGAAGGGAGGGUGGUGUUGGCUAAUACUUUCAGAGGCUCCAUCACUAUAAAAGAUGUGGAGAUGAUGGGGAAAUGCACCUUUAAAUGGGCAGGCUCCAUCAGUGGCACACUUAAAGACACAACCACCCUCACUGUGCUGGGUGUCAAUAAUUCCCAAGGGUGACGUGAGUUAUCCUAUCAAACAAAUGUUAUUUAUUAUGCAUUUAUCAUUCUGUAAUGCUCCUGUCUAGUAAUCCAUGCCGUAAAAUACCCUAAAGAACAAGAGAUGGUGUGGGAAAUCAAGGCUGUGUGUGUAACCAGGCCGUAUUGUGUUUUCAGAAGAACCAUCAUCAGUAAUGUUGUCAGUGGGGUCUGUUACUAGGAUUGUGCUAUCAGUGCUUGUAACGCUGAUUGUCAUCUGAGUGAGAAGCAAUCCAAAUAUAACCCUUCCUACACACCUAGAUGCACGCACAUACAGUACGUGCACACGCUCGCACAAAAGUGUUUUAAACAUGGGGCAAGAGACCAUCAAAGAAUACUCCUGAUUUGCCACAUGUUGGCAAAUCACCAGUAGUCAUACUGACCACAGUCUUAAAAAAAAAAGGUCAGAACAAAGGUCCAGAUAACCAGAAACCGUUUCAAACUGUCAUCCACACUCAUGGGAGGAAGUACAAAAUAUGCUUCCUAUAUUUUCACUUCUCUAUCUGUAGCAGUUUGUUAACCCACAUUAGACAAGUAGUCUUUUCCACCGUCUAUGCUCAGUUCCUGAUUUAUGCUUCAGUUAAUUUACUUUACAACCAUUUGAGAGUGUUUUGACUGUGUGUAGACCAUAGAUUACACAGAUCACAUUUGUAGCAGGAGUGCUAUGGAAAAAUGCAGACUGUCUGCCGUUUUGCUGCUGGCACAAAUUGGCCUCUAUUCAGUAGUGUUGGAAGCUCAGGUCAGUGUUGAACCACAGGUGACAGGGUACCUGGGUAAUGAUGUCACACUGCGUUGUAAGUUGCUCGAGGGCAAUCUCAUUCAGGCUGAGUGGCAGUGGGAGAUGUCAGAUACUAAAAAGUUUUCCAUAGCUGUCUUUAACCCUAACUUAGGGCAAAACAUUUCUGGGUCACCUCUAAAAGGGAGGUUGGAGUUCGCUGGAGCUUCCACCGGUGAUUCCUCUAUUACUAUAAAAGAUGUGGAGAUGACUGAUGCAGGGAAAUACAUCUGUCUCCUGACAGUCUUCCCUAGUGGCUCAUUUGAGAGAACAACCAUCCUCACUGUACUGAAUCAGAUUCCACCUCCAUCAUCUGGCCAGGUUGUGGGAAUUGUUACCGCAGCCCUCCUGGUAACAGUUGUCGUGACAGCCACAGCUUACCUCAUCAUUGUCAGGAAGAGGCACAAGGCUUUAUUCAACCCCUCUGUCAGCAUUGAUGCAAGCAGCCUGGUGGUCAAUGCAGACAGGACAGGAAGAGAAGAGGACCUGGUUUAUUCUGAGAUCGUCAGAUUGAACAUUGACAAGAGGAAAGCACACGACCCAUCGGGAGAAGACCAGAAAGAUGCAGACGUCAAGCCAGCUGAGGAUGUCACCUACUCUGCAGUGGCAGUGGGGAACCAGCAUUCUUUAAGGGAAGACACAGUUUACUCUCAGGUGGUGAGAAAGGACUGGGACAUAGAUGAUGUAUGGACUGUCUAAGCACAAUAACAGUAAAGGGAUAACCAGACAUCCUUUACAGUAUAUUCACAUACAUUUAACUGAAGUUAUCUCUUGUUGGGGAAGUGACCUCCUUAUUAGACAAAGCCAUCUAGAUCCUACAGAAGGGCUAUGUGUGUGAAUAUUGAAAAAUUAUUGCCACCAACAGAAUGCUAUAUAUAUCGGGCGUACAACAAUCUCAGCUCUGUAGAUUUUGUUGCGAAGAGACAGAAUCAAUAGAUAAUUUAUUCUGGUAUUGCCCCCUAUGUAGCUUGUUUCUGGUCACAGGUUCAGGAAUUGUUAAAAAAAAAACAUAAAUGCACUUUGGAAAGCCACAGUCAGUCAAUAAAUAAUGUAAUAAUACUCGUAGGAAAGGUUUUCGUCUUUAGCUCACAAUCUGUGGAUAAUAACAUCACAGCACAAUUGAAAAAUACAUGGCACAUGGAAACCAAAUGAGGGUGGUCUAUGGUGAUAGGUGGGAUGGGCUGAGAGUGGCUGAGGGUUGGGAUUAAAGAGCUGAGGUCUAUGGUGAUAGGUGGGAUGGGCUGAGAGUGGCUGAGGGUUGAGAUUAAAGAGCUGAUGUCUAUGGUGAUAGGUGGGAUGGGCUGAGAGUGGCUGAGGGGUGGGAUUAAAGAGCUGAUGUCUAUGGUGAUAGGUGGGAUGGGCUGAGGGUUUGGAUUAAAGUGUUUAUGUUUGGCAAUGUAUUAUUCUUUUGUGACUGUUUUAUGUAAAUGUGCCAUGUACAGUUGAAGUCAGAAGUUUACAUACACGUAGGUUGGAGUCAUUAAAACUUGUUUUUCAACCA